GAGCGGGGCGAACGCAAAGAGCGAGUUCUCCGUAGGCCCUGCCUGGAAGCGGAAGAGAUGGGCGGAGAUAAAGGGCGAGCUGCAGGCCAGGCGGCCCCGGAGCCCAGGGCGGGGCGCGGGCGGGCCUUCGCUGGUUACUGCUCACAAGUGGCCUGAUCUGGCUCCACCCUCGGUCCGGGACAAGUUUAUCUUGUGACUGCUCGGGCUGCUUUUCCUUCCUAGAUUGCAGAGCUUUCAUAUCCACGAUGCGUUUUCUGGCCGCCACGAUCCUGCUGCUGGCGCUGGUCGCUGCCAGCCAGGCGGAGCCCCUGCACUUCAAGGACUGCGGCUCUAAGGUGGGAGUUAUAAAGGAGGUGAAUGUGAGCCCAUGUCCCACCGAUCCCUGUCAGCUGCACAAAGGCCAGUCCUACAGUGUCAACAUCACCUUUACCAGCGGCACUCAGUCCCAGAACAGCACGGCCUUGGUCCACGGCAUCCUGGAAGGGAUCCGGGUCCCCUUCCCUAUUCCUGAGCCUGACGGUUGUAAGAGUGGAAUCAACUGCCCCAUCCAGAAAGACAAGGUCUACAGCUACCUGAAUAAGCUUCCGGUGAAGAAUGAAUACCCCUCUAUAAAACUGGUGGUGGAAUGGAAACUUGAAGAUGACAAAAAGAAUAAUCUCUUCUGCUGGGAGAUCCCAGUUCAGAUCACAAGCUAGGCUCCUUGGCGCCUGUGUCUGUGUGGGCUGAGAGGCCAUGGACGGAGUGGGGGGGAAGAAACAGAAAUCAGACCCGAAAUGGAAUCAGUGCCAUAUGAUGAACAGAAUUUCAAGAAUGCUGUUUUAUGCCUUUUAACCUCCAAAGCAGUAACUGCAAGCCUACUACUCUUGAGAGCGCGCUCAGAGCCAUUGUCCCCCGAGAUAGCCUCUGGGGAGGCUUCGGGAGGGAAAGGGGAAACUGGAAAGAUUAGAUUGGUGUCCAUGGCUGUUUGCUGUUGGAUUACAGGCAGGUUCCACCAGACAGGAUGGGACGGGGUUGCUUAGGGAUGUCAGAUAACUUGACCCAGGGCUAUGGAUCCACUGUGAAGGAUGGCUUCCCAGAGUCUUCUGGCUGCCUGGGGGUGUUACCUCCCCUGUUUCUAAGUGCCUCCUGAGUCCCCAGCCCCUGGCUUAUCAGUCAGAUGAGUCUCCUUGGUAGCCUCUGCCCCAUCGCUUCAGCAGUAGCGACUAGCUCUCCUCGGUAUCCAGACUGGCUGAGGGGCAGUCUGCCGCAGAAAUUUGUCUCUGAGUGGCUGUGUCUUUGUGGUUAGCUCUCGUUCUUUGGUAGUUUUCAUUAAAGCCAAUACUUGGUUGCAGGUGCUUGGUUUUGUUUUUUAACGGUAUUUGUCUGUAUCCUCUCUCUGCAUGUAAGAUUGAGCCUCCCCAUAAAUUCUAACUUGCCACUCCUGCGUGUGUGUUCAGUCUGUGGUUGCCUACUUCUUCCAGAUGGCAGCCUCCUAGGUCCAUAGCAGGCAGCCACCCAGUUCCGAAGCUCUAGAGAAGAUGUGACUCACAGGACUCACGGGCACCGCCUCUUUCCUCGUUUUUAUUUAUACCAGCUAGACUUUAUCCAUAGAAAGUGGCCUUGUUCUGCAUUGCUGUCAGUGUGCCUGAAGCAGCAACCACCACCUAGCACCACUUGAGGAGGCGUGGUGACGGGGACACUACGCGCCCUCAUGGGGAAGCCUAGAAAGGAGAGGGAGGAAGAGGCUGUGGCUCUAUGGAGGCAGGAGGGAUGUGAGUUCCAGGCCAGUCCGAGUGGCAGCAUAGUGAGAUCCAUUUAAAUAAAGAAGUAGGCCCAAGCCGACAAGGGGCAGAAGGGUCGUGAGUUCCACACCAGCCUGGACUUAACCACUCUGCCGUCCCACCCUUCCCUGACUCAAUUUCAGUUCUAGAAGGCAACAGAGGCAUGAAGACUGCUGCAAGUUGGAGACCAACCCCGUCUACAAAAUGAGCUCAAGGCCAGCCUGAGCUAAAGGAGACCUAGUCUCAGAUGGGGAGAGAGAACAUCAUAGCAGAUAACAGUUCCCUUUACUAUAUCUCAAGAUGACUGACAGGUAUGGUCAUGGAUCAUAGUUUUUGGUAGGGAAUGCACACGCUGUUUUUGAGAUGAGGUCUGACGUAUCUCAGGCUGGCUUUGAACUAGCCAUGUAUCGGAGAACCUUGACUUUCUGAGCCUCCUGCUUCUACCUCAAGUGCUGAGAUUGCCAGUGUAGGCCCCCAUUCAUAAAAUCCGAAUAGCAUAGGACUGGAGGCUUGCGGGUUUUUUUUUACCUGUGAGUUUCCCAGGCAAACCACCAGGGGGCAGCAAUGGGUCAAUAAUGAAGUUCUUACCGGUGACCUGUUCACCCACUGUACAGAGGUCUUUUGUGUAUCCUUUCACCCUGAGCCCACCCUAUCUUCCCAUAUGAGUCAGAAUCAUGUGAACUCCAAAAGUAGUUACCUGCUGAGGUCGUUGCUUCCAGCUGCCCGUGGUUAAAUUUUGGCUCCUCCAGUUAUUCAGCUGUGAAUGUGAGCUGUAAGUGAUUCCAUCUCUCCGUGCUUCAAUUUGGAUUUUCCUAAUCCAUUGACCAGGGACAAUGGUAGCGCCAUGUGAAGUGAAAUGAGGCAUGUAAAACACGAGUCAGGGCGUGCGGUAUACACGCUGUCGGUGUGAGCCAUUGUGCUAGGCUGCUCUUUUUGUCUAGAAAUAGGAAAAUCCGGAGGCUCAAUCUCAUGUGUAAUGUGUCUCAGAAAAACAUAGCUAUCGUCUGUGUGGGAGCUUGCUGAGGGGCCAGGAGAAACUCACUUCUGUGUUUGCUGACUCCCUUUUCCCAACAGAUUCUUCUUGCCUUUUUAGCUCUGCAACUAACAGCUCUCAAACCCGAAAAAAUGGGGGGUGGGAGGAGGAAGCUCUGUUAGUGCCCUUGUGUCCUCAUCAGAACAGGAGGUGACCCAACAGCUUAGGACUGUUUGCUUACGGGCCACUGGGAGGCUCAGUGGAGCCUGCAGUUGUGAGAUAGGUAGUCUCCCAUGGGAGGAUUAGUUUGAAAGGUCAUCCCUACAAGAAAGUUCACAGUCAUUAACACAGAAGCCUUGAAUCCUAAGCAUACAAAGGGCCCCGUGUUUUCUACUGCCUGUCUCUGUGCAAACCUUGAGUCUUAGACCCACUCUUCCCUUACAGGAAUCUGAGGCAGGUAAAUCUCAAGAUCCCCAAUGCUAUGGUCUGAUCUUCAUACUAAUAAAAAUCAAGGGGUGGAAUCAUUUCA